ACAACAUCAUCUGCUUAAAACACCUGCCUCGUUCGUACAAUGAAUGUUUUCCGCAAAUUACCACAUUUCCUUCAGCUAUAUUUUAUUUGCAUCGUCGGUGUUAUCGAAAUUUCGGGACUGGAAAUCAAAGACCAUCAUCGGACGGGCGUUAAAAAUGUGUCCUCAGCCUUUUCUUUCUCAUUCGAGCCGCGUAAAGAUACCGCAUUGGGACAGUAUAAAUCACCGCCACUCGAUGACAAUGGCCUCAGGCGGUCUGCCCAUAACCGUCAUCGAUCGCAACCCUUGUCCCACCAAACCGAUGCAAAGUCGACAAGAGUAUCGUUCAGCUCAGUACACCAACCAGAAACCCGAAAAAACUAUGAAUCUCUGCUUCCAUUAUCCAUGGAAGCGAAUGAAGAGCUUCAUGCGGUCGAUAAGUCGGAAAACAAUCAAGCGGAAAUGAAACUUUCUCAACGUCAUCGGCCGGCAGGAGGCGUCAUGAAGGUGGGAGAAGGCAUCCUAAAGUCUGCUCACAUGCUUGACGACCGGCUUCCUGUGGAUGAUGAUGUUGUCGACGCUGCGAAGGACGAAUACUACGACACUCCAACCAGGGAAGUGAACGAAGGUGAUAAUUAUGAGGACGGUAAAAUAAUCAAUUCGGAUGCGUUGGACAACUUUUUUGGCGGAAAAUCUGCGUCCUCGUCAAAUGGUGCGUCAGGUGCUGAGGGUGAAUAUCGGAAGGGUUCGACAAUUGUGCAUGACUACAAGAGUGGAAAUACAGAGGGUGCUCUGGAGUCGAAUGCACAGGAAGAACACGAAGAAGAGGAUGAGGACGACGACGAAGAAGAGGAAGAUGAUGAAGAAGAUGACAGUGAAGUGUCAUAUGGCGAGGAUGUCCUACCGCCGAGUGAAGCGUUCGGCACGUUUGGUGGAAGGACUGAUGGAGGGUUGAAGGUGGAGGAGGCACCGUACUUUCUGGUCGAGCCUCAGAGUACUUAUGUGAUCCGGAGCAAGCCAGCCGUCCUGAAGUGCAAAGCAGCCAACACAUUGCAGAUUCAUUUCAAGUGCAGUGGCAGUAUAAAGCCUCCCCCGUCGAUCGAAGAAUCGCACGUCGACCCUCACAGUGGGGUUCACUUCCAGGAGGUGACGGCUACAAUAUCUCGCGACCUCGUGUACGAGUACUUUGGCAAGCUGCCGUUCAAAUGCGAAUGCCACGCCUGGGCACCACGGGGGAAAGCCGUCAGCCAGCCAGCGUCGAUUAUUGUUGCGUAUUUGAAGAAAAACUUCGAGCUUCAGGAAACCAAGAUUCGUGCUGAAGUUGGAGAAAAGCUGGAAAUUAAAUGUGUCGCUCCCAAGGGAUAUCCUAAGCCCCAAAUAACGUGGUUGAAAAACAACAUCACCAUCACACCAAGUUCUCUGUUGACCUUCACCACAGAAGGAAAUAUUGUGAUAACAAGUUUGAACCUCCAGGACAUUGGAAAUUACUCAUGCGUAGCGGAGAACAUUGCUGGAAAAAGAACAUCGGAACCUAUUGAGCUGAUUGUGUAUGUAAACGGAGGAUGGAGCCAAUGGAGCGCCUGGUUGGAGUGUCGCUGUCCGGGUAAACCAGCUCAGGGCAGGAAGCGUACACGAACCUGUAGUGAUCCGAUUCCCUUGUAUGGUGGAUCACCCUGCGUAGGUCCUAACCAACAGAAGACAGCCGAUUGUGUGACAUGCCCAGAAGACACACAGAUAAUCACUCCUAAUGGCUUCGAGGACAACGAUAUCGUUCGCCGUUGGUCAGCAUGGUCUGCGUGGAGCUCUUGCACAAACAAAUGCACCCAAUCAAGGAGAAGAAUCUGCCGCACGCAAAAUGUUGACUACUACGAUAAGGCACUUGUGAAGCAUCAUCAACAGUUGGCUGCCCUGAUGGAGGAUCAUGAUGAGCAGGAGAGCAGUGCCUACGGUUGUCACGGCAAGGAUAUUCAAACCAUCGUUUGUCGGGGUGGUGAAUGCAGAAUUGACGACACAGCUUCUGAUUGGAUCUUUUAUCUCGGUCUCGGGUUCAUUGUGACUCUCUGCUUGACAUUCCUGGUGUUUCUGUUGCACAUGCGGCAUCGUCAGAAAAUGCCAACGUACUCCAUCACACGGACGUCUCCGGAUCAGCACACAUACACACACGAGUUUCAAAAGAAGCUUACCCUCUCCUCCAACCCUCCCGACAUAAACAUACGAGUCAAUGGCUACGAAUAUUCCAACGGAAGCACCAUGGAAGCCCCAAAGAUACCGAGUCAGAAUGUUCCACUACUUUUGACGAGAUCCACCUCCGAACAUCACUACGACGAACCGCAAUUCAACUCGAUGCAAGCGAUUCAAGCUGCAAACAAGGACGAUACGGGUAUGAACGUGUACAACCAACAGAAGCUUGCUACGGGAGUGGUUCUUCAGCAUCAUUACCAUCAGUAUCACUCACUUGAGCAGAAUCACGUUCAACGCCAGAUAACGGCGUCACCUGUCAACCAAGCUCAGAAGGGUCAGUAUCGCAGCUCCGAGUCUCUUUCGGGGACAUCCAACACCAACACAUCAAACUCAACCUAUGCUAUCGCCACGACGGAUUCAUUGGACACGUCCAGUUCGUCCGAGGCCAUGUACAAAUCGAACUCCGCUCGUCAGGUUGUCACCUCUGAAGGAGGUUGGCUGGAACUGGAGCAUCUGCAAACGUCCCUUUCCAUUCCAGAGGGAGCCAUUCCGACGGCUCUUAGAAUAAAUGUUUUUCUGGCCGUCAUGUACGACUCCAAAGAUACGAUACUAGUCGAAAACCAGGUCACCCACAUCAGUCCCACGAUUGUGUGUGGGCCAGCCAAGAGCAAUUUCUCCAAACCGCUCAUCAUCAAGGUUCCGCACUGCGCCGAGGAUAUUGCCAGCUGGAAGGUGUCACUCUUCUACAAAGAGGAAGUGACGAACUGCUGGAAAAAGAUUGCGUCCUCGGAGAACGACGUGCCUAGUCCACAGGCCUACAUUCAGCUGGAUCAGCUUAACGCAUACAUCAUGACGCGGAAGCUCGGCAAGUAUCUUCUGGGCGGAGAGAGUCUUGCGCCAGAGGUUAACGUCACCAAGCGUCUGAAGAUCGUCAUGUUUGGUCCUGUUCGGAAACCGGAAGCAGACUUCAACAUACGCGCCUACGUGCUGGAGGAUUAUCCAAGUGCCCUCGAACACUGUAGUGGAAUCGAAACUCGUCUUGGCUACUUUCAGAUCGGACAGAGCUCGCCAUUCCACUUUGCCAACAGCAAGGAAGCGAUGACACUACGCAUCAACUGUUCCGGCGGAUGGACGACGGUCGCCGAGUGUUCGAUGCAAAAGAUCCCAUUUAAUCACAUCUGGAAGAACAUGGCGAUCUUGCACUGCGAGUUCUUGUUGCAAAAGUUGACCGAUGAGAUGCCUUGUUUACGAUUGGAGCUUGCUGCCGAGCAGGACAAUGGUGCCAAAGUGCUUAUCACAUCUGUGGCAUUUUCGUGAUAGUACAUAGCACAAGCUCUCCAAAAAUUGAUGACUUUGUAGGACAUGUCCUCGGACUUGGACAUG